AUGGCAGAUGGGACAGAAAGGCAACCACUGCCUGGUUCUGAAGGCCAGAUUCCCCCUCCUGACCUUGAGAUGGAAGCACAAGAACUGCAGCCUGGACAGGUGGGGGAGGGGGGCAGGCAGCCUGUGGUGCAUGGCGAUCAUCACUAUGAACAGAUGGGCCAACUGUCUCUCCAGACUCCAGGACAAGGUAACCAGGUCCCACAGCAGACACCACCUGUACAGCAUGGACAACUGGUGCCCCGGGUUCCCGUACAAGGCUACCCAUUCCCACAGCAGGCACCAUCUUUGCAGCAUGGCGACCACCACUAUAGACAGACAGGAGUACUGCAGACACCACAGUUCCCUCAGCAGGCUGCACCACUGCAGCUGUACCAUCCCAGUCAGCAAGGCUACAGUGCUCCAACAGCCAUGAUACAUCGCUACCGGGGCUUCCCCAUGGCUCCCCAACCAGCUGGGCAGGUGCACUACAAUGUCCCACCUCCAGGCCCAGAGGCUGCAAACAUUGGUGGGCCACCAGCUCUGCAGAUGGGUGUAGGUGUAGGCCAAGUAGGGGGUGUUUUUGGUGGAGCAACCAUCAGGAUCCAGGAUCAAGCCAUCGCAAAAGGAGGCCUCGCCGGAGCCCUUGUUGGUGCAGCUGCUGCUGCAGGUGCAUUUGCAGCUGGCAAGGUUUGUUUGUAG